AUGCAACUCUCAACAUCCGGGUCAAACCCGGACAGACCCAACCGACCGCUUGUGGUCAAAUGCGCAUAUGACGGCUCAGCUCGUCGUAUCACGUUCCCAUCCGCAACUAGCUGUAGACUUGACUCACUAAGAGAUAGAGUCGAAGAAUGUUUCUUCCUCUCGGCAUCCCCAUUCUCACUGGCAUACACAGAUGAUGACGGUGAAGAAUUCUGUAUAAAGACCGAUGCGGAUUUUACAGAAGCCAUUGCCUACUUCGUUUCUGGAGACGAUGAAGUUGCUCUAUCCAGCUAUUCUGGGUCUAAUCUUGGCCACGCGAUGUACCCCUUCUCGGCUCAGAAAAUUACAAUAAGAUUGGAUGUAAAGGUGGAUUACGACGGCCCAAGUCUCAGCGACACAUCUUCCGUAUCAAGCUUCCGUACUGGAUCUGGAUCCCUCUCGGAGUCCACCAGAGAUGAGCACAGUGAGGGAAGCUGGAGAUCUAGCGGGUACCAAGAAAGUAUGCGAAACGGAAGAAGAUUAUCUGGAUUCGACACUGUGGAGGAGGAAUUGGAAUCAUUGAAGUCAAGGGAGUCGGAACUUUCACACGGCUCCACCAUUCUCGGAAUCAGCACGUUGGGUCUCACCGAUCCAGCGUAUCAUUAUCAGACGGCCAGCUUAUCCUCCACUUCAAGGACCAGACCUUCUCGCACUACAGCACCACAACCGCUCCUCGAUUCGUCACCAUUUCCAUCCAAUCCGCCCAUACUGACAGGUCCUGAAAGCGAUCCUGCACCUUCACUUUUGACCCACUCGGAUCUGGGUACUAGAUGGCUUCGGGAUCAAUCUAGGUUAGCAGCAAGGAAGCUGGGACCUACCCCCCAAACCAGCACACGGUCAGGAGAUUAUGACAGUGAUGAGGAUAGUGACGAGAGUGACGAGGAGCAUCCAGGUGACAUAGCUCUGGUGCGGGAUGCUCGAGGUAGAUACUAUUACUCGUACCAAACGGACGCAUCGUCUCGAUCCUCUCGUUCGGAGGCUGAUCACACAGAUAUUGAGGCUGGACCAAGUUCCCGACCUUUAUCCGGCUUAACUACUAACCUAUCGCUCUCCACUUCCCCUGCUGGUAUUCCCUACCAUUUUCAACCACCAUACGAGCCUGUUAGGAUUGCCGAACCCACUGGUCCACCCAUUCUUGCUCCAGAUUGCUCUGCCUGUGGACUUCGACUAGACUACAUGCGAUACGUCUGUCAAACGUGCGGAGAAGGCGAUAUGUGGAAAGAAGACGCUAUGCGGAAAGAUAGCUUUCUACCUAUCCUAAGAUCUAACGGUUCCGAUGCAAGCGACGAGUCUUCGUCCGAUGCAACCGAAUGGGCGGCUGCAAAAGCAGAUUCAACCGGUUCCCAGACAAUCUACAAUGUUGCAACUCCUCGUUCGAGGCGUAGCUCUAGCUCGACGGACGACUCUGCAGAAUCGUGGCGAACAAAUUUUGGUGGUCAAUCGUCCCCUACCACAGCGAUGUAUCGGCAUCAUAAUGAGGGGAUCUCUGGGACCAGACCUCCGGGGAAGCCCCGAGGUUACGAACUUUGUGCAGGCUGUAUAGAAAUUCAUGGCAUUGCACAUUCCAAAGCUGCGGCCUUGGCGGCAAAACAAAAACUGGGUCACUCUGAACGUAGGCGGCGGCGGAAUGUAGGCGAAUUUAGACAUACCUUUAGAGAGAAAACUUGGGCUGCUGAAGGAUGGAUUGAUGUAGAUUAUAGCGAAGAAAGCGAAUGUUCCAUUUGUCACAGCCACCUGUUUAAUAAUCGGUAUAAAUGCGUAUCGUGCACAAAUUUCGAUUUAUGUCGAACCUGUUACCAAAAGAUCGAAGAAAUCCAUCCAACUCACGUAUUCUUAUCUCUUCCUGACAAACAGACGUUACUGUCAAUUGAUGCACACGAAAGAGACGACGCAGGGGACGACACACACAUACAGGCAAAACAUCUAAUACCACAGCCAAUGCGGCAUCCUGGAGCCUUUUGUCACAAUUGUCUACAAGACAUUGUGGGACCACGAUUUCAUUGUGCAGUAUGCGCGGUCGAUCUCUGCAUACAAUGUGAAGCGGUUGUCAUGGAAGUUGAUGGUAGCAGUCACACAGCCGAUCACAUUAUGAUGAAGAUUCCUGUACCCAUAUCAUCUAACGAGGUAGACGCGGUGUCCAGAAAAGCACGAGAACGGUGGUUUCAGCAAGAUCGUUCGAUGACUAAUAAUAAUCUAAAUCCUUUCGCCGAUGAUGGAGAGACCACAUCCUCGCGCUCCUCCUCACCAACGAACAAUACAAUAUACGCUCCCACUUCCGUUAGGAAUAGAGAUCCCUCUCCAGUACCGCCUCGACAAGUCGUCAACGUAACGACCCGGGACGCCUUGGAUCAUAACCUGAGAUGUGGUAACUGUAACGAGUGGAUCAUGGGAAGAAGGUAUCAGUGUGCUAAUUGUCCAUCUGAUCCGCAGGGAUACAACCUGUGUUCCAUAUGCGAACUUCGCUCGUAUCGGCUGCAUAACCCUUCCCAUGUCUUCUUCAAGUUUGACCGACCUGUUCAUAUCUCUGUCCAGUCGUCUAGACCAAUUUUACCUCUUUUAUACCGCAAUCCUGUCGGAAAAGUACCUACUUCCGCACUCACAACAAUCAACCCACGAGAUCCAACAGCUUACUUAAAACAUGUACUUCAUCGCGAAACUCUAUGCGAUGUCCACGGAGACCAGAUACGUGGUGUAUGGUUGAGGUGCUGUCAUUGUGCUGCUGGGUUUGACGUGUGUCAAGAAGCUGAAAGACUUCUAGAACACGACCCUACUCACGUGUUCGUGAUGUUUAAAUCUCGCGUCGACAUGGUUGCAUUCCGAGCUUUGUGUGAUCUCGGAGCAUCUCAAGCAAAGCCACUACUGAAACAGCGGGUCUAUGUAACAUAA